CGCCCGGCGGUGCUCACCGCCCCCUCGGCGGGCAGGGGCGGGGCGCAACGCCCCGCACUCUUUUCUCUCCGGCGGAAGGUUACGGAGUGAGUCGACGGGGUAGGGCUCGGCGGUCCUUAAAGGGCUGCGCCGGGAGGAGGGGCCCCGCAGUCAGGGCUGAGGGUCGGUAGGAGCUGGUUAUAGUGUCAGUGCCCCGCGGGAGAGAGGGACGGACGCACGCUCGCCACCGCUGCCAUGUCCCGGGAGCCCGAGAUCAUGGAGUCGCAGGUGAUGUGGGAGCCUGAUACGAAGCGCAACACCCACAUGGACCGGUUCCGCGCCGCCGUGGCCAGCAGCUGUGGGCUCCGCCUGGCCAACUACAAUGACUUAUACCAGUGGUCAGUGGAAUCCUACUCAGACUUCUGGGCGGAAUUCUGGAAGUACAGUAACAUUGUGUGUUCUCGCCUCUAUGAUGAGGUGAUUGAUACAUCCAAGAGCAUUGCAGAUGUCCCAGAAUGGUUUAAAGGUAGCCGUCUGAACUAUGCGGAAAAUCUUCUGAAGCACAAGGACAAUGACAAGAUUGCACUGUAUGCAGCAAAGGAAGGCAAAGAAGAAAUAGUGAAAGUUACUUUUGAAGAAUUGAGACAAGCUGUAGCUUUGUAUGCUGCAGCCAUGAGGAAGAUGGGAGUAAAAGUAGGAGACAGAGUUGUGGGUUAUUUACCUAACAGCAUUCAUGCGGUGGAAGCAAUGCUGGCUGCUGCAAGUAUUGGUGCUAUCUGGAGUUCAACAUCACCAGACUUUGGCAUUAAUGGUGUACUGGACAGAUUUUCCCAAAUUCAGCCUAAGAUCAUCUUCUCUGUUGAAGCUGUUGUAUACAAUGGCAAAGAACACAACCACUUGGAAAAGCUGCUUAGUGUGGUAAAAGGGCUUCCAGAUAUAAAAAAAGUGGUGCUGAUUCCAUAUGUCUCCUCAAGAGAAACCAUAGAUAUUUCUAAGAUUCCAAACAGUGUCUUUUUAGAAGACUUCCUUGCUACUGGGAAAGGAGACCAGGCCCCCCAGCUGGAGUUUGAGCAGCUGCCUUUCAGUCAUCCUCUUUUUAUCAUGUAUUCGUCAGGCACAACAGGGGCACCAAAAUGCAUGGUUCAUUCAGCAGGGGGUACGCUAAUACAGCAUCUGAAGGAACACAUUCUUCAUGGCAACAUGACCAGCAAUGACAUUAUUAUGUACUACACAACGACUGGCUGGAUGAUGUGGAAUUGGUUAGUGACUGCGCUUGCUACAGGAGCUUCAGUGGUCCUGUAUGAUGGAUCUCCUCUAAUUCCAUCACCAAAUGUGCUCUGGGACUUGACUGACAGACUAGGGAUCACCAUCCUUGGAACGGGUGCAAAGUGGCUCGCUGUGCUAGAAGAGAAAAAUUUAAAACCAUGUGAAACACACAAUCUCCAAACACUCCACACUAUACUGUCUACAGGAUCACCGCUCAAAUCUCAAAGCUUUGAGUAUGUCUACAAACACAUAAAAAGCAGUGUCCUCCUGGGAUCCAUUUCAGGUGGGACAGAUAUAAUUUCAUGUUUCAUGGGUCAGAAUGUUACAAUUCCAGUUUACAAAGGAGAAAUUCAGGCCAGAAAUCUUGGAAUGGCUGUAGAAGCAUGGAAUGAUGAAGGAAAGCCAGUCUGGGGUGAAAGUGGAGAGCUGGUUUGUACCAAGCCUAUUCCCUGUCAGCCUACGCACUUCUGGAAUGAUGAGAAUGGAAACAAAUACAGGAAAGCUUAUUUUUCAAAAUUCCCAGGGGUUUGGGCCCAUGGUGAUUACUGCAAAAUUAAUCCCAAGACAGGAGGAAUUGUCAUGCUGGGUCGCAGUGAUGGUACGUUAAAUCCAAAUGGAGUAAGAUUCGGAAGUUCUGAAAUCUAUCACAUAGUUGAAGCCUUUGAGGAGGUUUCUGAUAGCCUCUGUGUCCCUCAGUACAACAAAGAUGGGGAGGAGAGGGUGAUACUCUUCCUGAAGAUGGCAUUAAACCAUGCGUUCAGCGAGGAUCUGGUGAAAAGAAUUCGAGAUGCAAUACGUAUAGCGCUUUCUGCCAGGCAUGUUCCGAGCCUCAUUCUAGAAACCAAAGGCAUUCCGUACACAAUAAAUGGAAAAAAAGUGGAAGUAGCUGUGAAGCAAAUAAUUGCAGGGAAAGAAGUUGAGCAGCGAGGAGCUUUCUCAAACCCAGAGACUUUGGACCUGUACCAAAAUAUUCCUGAGCUUCAGAACUUCUGAAGCCACUUGUUUGGUUUUUUGCAUCUGUCUUUGUUCUGUGUUUGUUUUGUAUAUACCAAUACUGUAUGUAAAGAAAAAGCUCUAUUUAAUACCAGUGGUUCUUUUAAAAGAAAAAAUAUUUCAUUAAGUGCAUUAUGAAAGGCUUGGGUAAAGCUUAGCUCCCUUUUAUUGGUUAAAUAUGCCAUAUAUCUUGGCGGUUUUUUCCAGCUGGAAGGAGAAACCUGCCUGUCUUGAUUUUUUUUUUAAAUAUGAGUGCAUCUUUUCUGGUUAGAUUUACGUCAGCAGCCCACCAAACGGGAGCACCAAUAGCAUAAGCUACACCUGCAAAUAGAAUAUUUCUUUCAUUAAAUGUUCGCCUUCUUUUUUUUU